GCCGCCGUCAAGGAGCCCGACUCGGAGGAGCAGCAGGGCAUCGACGGCGCCGUUGCCGCGCCCGAGCACAUGAAGGCGUGGAGGUGCAUGCCAGGUCAGAAGCACAAGGAGUACACGAAGGAAAUAUGGAAGCCCAAGGGGGCCACGCCAGAAAGCUCAACCUUGGCAAGGUGGCCCGAUGGUUUCCGAAUUCCCAUGUCGAGCUUGACUUACGCCGAGUUCGACGCGAUCGAGACCGCCGAGAAGAUCGCCGCCAAGGGUGCGUCAGUCUGGGAAACUCGCCCGACGGCGAGCUCGCGCAUCUGGGUGAGCAGGCCUACCAGGAAGAACAACGUGUUCUGCAUCCACUCCAAGGUCGACGAUGCUCAGAGCCAGAUGUGCCAGGUCAAGGCGACGGCGUUCGAGGAUGAAGAGGAGCAGGUCAAGGAAGCCGAGAAGCUCGCAGUGAAGCCCGCUCAGAAGCUGGCGUCCACGCAGGGCCUCACCAAGGAGGCGCUCAUGGAGCUCAGGGACAAGGCGCUGCCAACGCCCACGAAGGCGGAGGCCGCGCAGCCUAAGCAGUCCAAAGCGGUCAUGCCAACCGAGCCCGCCACUCCGACGCCAGACGAGAAGCAGAUCCUGUCCCAGACCAAGAGGGCGGCGAUCUCGCGCGUGUGCGAGUUCUGCGGCGCGGAGCCCAUGCGCAUGGACAUGUUCAAGAAGUACAACUUGUGCCAGGCGUGCUACGAUGAUUCAGCUUGA